UUAUGUAUAGAGUAAUAAUAUAGAGUACGUUGGCUGACAGGUCAAAAACAUGAGAAAAACCAGGAACAUCGCGUUGACUCGGCCGAUAGAGCCCAUAGUUCGAAUAAAUGAUGAAAAGGAUACCCCAAACAGUUAGAUCAAAUAACUAAUGAUAUCGGUAAAUACUAAAAGCUGUCAACCUCGGGCAAAUCCCCGCCAACCCCGCAUAAUCAUCUCCCCGGAGCUGUUCUUACCCCAUCUCGCACUCCUGUCCGGGGUCAAUCCUUCGCUGCCUUCUCCGUGGCCUCGUUCCUUUUCAUUUCCUCCCUUCCACUCUUCCUAGGGGCUGUUUCGAGGUCUUAUUAUCUCCUUCGUGGUCUUUCCAAUUGCCCCCCUGUCCAUGUUCUCUGUAGGAGUAUCGUACCGUUGAGAUUGCUUUCUCCCCCGCAUUUAUCCCCGGUCGACUAUCAUGGUAGCUCCCUCAAUCAGAGUUGCGCCCUCGGCGGCCAACAGAGCUCUGGGUCUACUUCGAACCGUGCAAUUCACUCAUCCGCCCAAUUGUCCCUGCCAUUCGAACCCCAAUCACCAUCAUCACCACCAGACGCCGUCCUUGGCCAAUCAUGUGCGGCGGCAUCUGGCGACGCCCAUCGACGCGUCUCGUCAGAAGGAGUAUGCGUUCGAGAUGGCAGCGUCCAGUAUACGGUUCGGACCCGGAGCGACCAAGGAGGUUGGUAUGGACUUUAAGAACAUUGGUGCUAAGAGAGUCUGCGUUGUUACGGAUGCGAAUGUGAGCAAGCUGGACGCGAUGAAGCAGGUCGUUGAGGGUUUAAGCAAGGAAGGGAUUGAAUUUACGGUGUUCGAUAAUGUGAGGAUAGAGCCAAAGGAUCAUUCGAUCAAGGAGGCUAUUGCUUUUGCUAAGCCAUACAACCCGGAUGCUUUCCUGGCUGUCGGAGGAGGAUCCGUCAUUGAUACCGCGAAACUGAUGAACCUCUACACCGUCUUCCGCGACGCUGACUUUCUGGACUUUGUCAACGCACCCAUUGGCAAGGGUCUUCCCAUCACCAAGCCAUUGAAGCCUCUCAUCGCGAUCCCCACUACCGCUGGUACCGGAUCAGAGACCACAGGCACGGCAAUCUUCGAUCUUGUCUCGAAGAAGGCCAAGACUGGUGUUGCUCACCGUGCACUGAAGCCCACCCUCGGCAUCUGUGACCCGAUCAACACGCGAACAAUGCCCUCCGCUGUUCAUGCUUCCUCCGGUCUCGAUGUCCUCUGUCACUCUCUCGAGUCCUGGACGGCAAUCCCCUUUAAUGAGCGUGUUCCGCGUCCUACCAACCCUAUCAAUCGACCAGCCUACCAGGGUGCAAACCCCAUUUCGGAUAUCUUCUCACUGCACGCCCUUCGCAGCACUGUGAAGUACCUUCCCCGUGCUGUUAAGGACCCCGACGACUUUGAAGCCCAGUCCCAGAUGCUCCUCGCUGCCACCCUUGCCGGUAUCGGUUUCGGCAACGCUGGUGUCCACCUCUGCCACGGAAUGAGUUACCCAAUCUCCGGUCAAAAUCCCGGCUAUAAGCACAACGGAUAUGCUGUAGAUCACCCGAUCAUCCCUCACGGAGUCUCUGUUGCUGUUACUGCCCCUGCCGUCUUCCGCUUUACUGCUGCAUCAAACCCUGACCGGCAUCUGGCAGCCGCCGAGGCAUUCGGUGUUGACAUCUCCAAUGUGAAGAGAGAAAGCGCCGGUGAAGUCCUCGGUGAAGCCAUUGCCGAAUUCCUCAUCAAACUGGGCGACCAGCCCCGUGGCCUGAAGGCUCUUGGUUUCAAGUCCUCUGAUGUCGAGAGCCUGAUCGAAGGCACACUCCCGCAGAAGCGCGUGCUGAUGCUGGCCCCGAAUCUUAGUGAAGAGCUCACCGCAGAGAAGGAUGAGCUGCGGCAACUCUUCGAAGCAUCGUUGGAGUAUUAGUUGGCAGUCAUGUUGUUUCUCUUGCAUGUUAUCUUUGAGCAUUAUGUAUAUAGCGGCCGGCGUGCUUCUAUCGCAAAUUUGGAGCAGAGCGUGG